UUCUGGCUGCUUACUUCUAUUUGAAUCCAAUCAAUUAGUUUAUCUUUAUCCAACCAGAAAACUCCAUGGCCCUUCCACUUUCCAACUUGGUUUUGAGUCUUUUGACCUUCAAUGGGUACAGUUGCCGUAUGUUUCCGUCAAGAACAGCCGCCCUUGCACCGAUCUCCGGCAAUAAAUCACGAUUUCCAGGCCUUGAUCCGGCUGGGGAGCUCGCUACAAGAAAGAUGGUGAUAGCUGGGGUGCUGUCUAAAUCGAACCAAGACUCCAUGUCAUCGAUCCUCACCGAGCUCGAAAGAGAAAAUGUGCAACAAGAAGAAGAAGAUGAUGCUGAUGAUAGUGACACAACGGCCAAACAACCCAAGAAGCGCAUAGCCGAUUGCUGGCGCGAGAUCCAGGGCCAAGAUGACUGGGCUGGCCUGCUCGACCCCAUGGAUCCUCUCCUCCGCUCGGAGCUAAUACGCUACGGCGAUAUGGCACAAGCUUGCUACGACGCCUUCGAUUUCGAUUCCUUCUCCAAGUACUGUGGCAGCUGCCGCUUCACACGUCGCAAAUUCUUCGACUGUCUGGGCUUGACCAGCCUGGGCUACGACGUGUCCCGCUACCUCUAUUCCACCGCCAACAUCAACCUCCCCAACUUCUUCAAGAAAUCUAGGUGGCCCAAGGUCUGGAGCCGGAACGCCAAUUGGAUGGGCUACGUCGCUGUGUCCAACGACGACACUUCGGCCCGCCUAGGCCGCCGUGACAUUGCCGUCGCUUGGCGGGGCACGGUGACACGACUCGAGUGGGUCGCAGACUUGAUGGACUUCCUUAGACCGGUCUCCGCUGAUAAGAUACCGUGCCCUGAUCCGAAUGCGAAGGUCGAAUCCGGAUUCCUCGAUCUCUACACUGACAAGGACGACAAGUGCCGUUUCUGCAAGUUCUCUGCCAGGGAGCAAGUCUUAACCGAAAUCAAACGAUCCAUACAGCAGUACCCGAAUGAGGAGCUGAGCAUAACCGUCACGGGUCACAGCCUGGGGAGCGCCCUUGCCAUUCUGAGUGCGUAUGACAUUGAGGAGACGGGUCUGAACGUGACGGCAGACGGUCGGAUCAUACCCGUAACCGUGUUCUCGUUCUCGGGUCCGAGGGUUGGGAACGUGAGGUUCAAGGAGCGGGUGGAGGGAUUAGGGGUGAAGGUGCUGAGGGUGUUCAACGUUCAUGACUCGGUGCCCAAGGUUCCGGGGAUAGUAUUCAAUGAGCACGUGCCGGAGAUGGUACAGAAGAUGCUAGAGUGGCUGCCGUGGAAUUACUCGCACGUGGGAGUGGAGCUGUGUCUAGAUCACAAGAAAUCUCCCUUCCUGAACGACACCAGCGAUCCAGGCUGCUUCCACAACCUGGAGGCUCUCCUGCAUUUGAUUGACGGGUACCAUGGGAAGGGCCAAAGAUUUGUGCUUUCAAGCAGAAGGGAUCCWGCACUGGUGAACAAGGCCUCUGAUUUCUUGAAAGAUCACUACCUGGUGCCACCUUACUGGAGGCAACACGAGAACAAAGGAAUGGUGAGAAACCAGGAAGGACGGUGGGUACAGCCGGAAAGGCCAAAGCUUGAAGAACAUCCUCCAGACAUUCACCUUCUCCUCCUACAGUUGGGUCUAACUUCUGAUAUAUAGAUUUCUUUUAACUAAUAUAAAUUAUAUACGCUAUAUAUAAACCGGAUACUUUGAUUUCA